AUGUCCAAGGCAUAUGACCGCGUGGAGUGGGGUUAUCUGCGUGCGUUACUGCUGGCUUUGGGUUUUGAUAUCAACUGGACCCGACUGAUUAUGCGGUGUGUGUCUACGGUAACAUAUUCAGUGCUGAUUAAUGACCAAGCUCAUGGGAUGAUCAUGCCUCAAAGGGGUCUUCGUCAAAGAGAUCCCCUGUCUCCCCUACUUUUUGUACUAUGUACAGAGGGGUUAACUCAUUUGCUUACCAAAGCAGCGCAGGAGAGGAGAAUAACUGGGAUUCAAUUUGGCUUCCGGAGAUCAGCUAUGCAUCAUCUUCUUUUUGCAGACGACUGUCUGUUUUCUUGUAAAGCUGAGGAACAACAGAGUGCAGCUUUACUUCGAAUUUUAGAGAUGUACGGUCAGGUGACAGGGCAGGUGAUUAAUCCUAGUAAGUCAUCUAUCAUAUUUGGAAAGCAAGUGUCGGAAGAGAACAAGAGCAGAGUGAAGCAGUUGUUGGGCCCAAAUAUGGCCCCGAGGCUAGGUAAGAGACUUUCUGGAUGGCAUGCUAAGACUCUUUCUCAAGGGGGCAAAGAGGUUUUGAUCAAGGCAGUAGGGACAGCGCUCCCUGUCUCUGCUAUGUCAGUGUUUAAGCUACCAAAGACGACUCUAUCUAGUCUUACCAGUGCCCUCGCAAGUUUCUGGUGGAGUUCAGUAGAGCACAAGCGUAAGAUACACUGGCUAAGUUGGGAGAAAAUGUGUCUGCCAAAGAAGUUUGGAGGUCUUGGCUUCAAGGACCUAGAGAGUUUUAGCCAGGCAUUAUUGGCGAAGCAAGCAUGGAGAUUGUUGUAUUCUGAAGAUUGCCUCAUGAGUCAUGACGGCUGUACUCAAAGGCAAUUGGAGAUGGUGUCAGUAUUAACGUAUGGACGGAGCCAUGGUUUGAAGAUGAUGAAGGAAUCUUGCGCACAUUUUGAUGCUAACUUGCGAGUAUCUGAUCUAAUCGAUACUCACACAGGGAGAUGGUGUCUUACGCGAUUGAAAGAGAUAUUUGUUCCAGGGGAUAUUAAAAUUCUUCAAAGCAAUCAGCCAGUGAUUUUAAAGCCUGAUUCAUGGGUAUGGAAACAUACGCAAAGCAGCGUGUAUUCAGUGAAAACAAGUUAUGAACUUGCUUUUGCUGAGAACAAUCAAGAGCUGCUUCGAGAACACUAUGUCUACCCAUCUAUCAACCCUUUAAAGAACCAAGUGUGGCAUAUUAAGGCUCCUUCCAAGCUCAAAGUUUUUCUCUGGAAAGCUUUAUCUGGAGCAUUGCCGGUUCUCGAUGGUUUACAGGCUCGAGGUUUGGGCUAUAUCUGGUUUUCCAGCGAGACUAGGGGGUUUCAAUCAUUACUCGAUUUUCACCAACCUGAGUUAUGUGAUGCAAACAUGGGAAGGGAGAAAGGAAUGGCAAGAAGUAACAAAAAGCUUUCCGUGGACCCUCUGGUAUUUGUGGAAAAAUAG